GUCACAUCUCUUAUUACCGAGUCUCAUUAUCGAGCCUUAAUUGAAUCCCUCUUCCCGACAACCAACGUAAGGUACACAGUCUCCUACGUAUUAUAGAAAUCACAGCAAUGCCUCGACCGGUCGCUAUCCCGCGACCGCAGUCGGUUUGCCAGAUUUGCGAUUCUAUCAUCACUCGCCGUUUCUAUUCUACAAAACCCGCAUUGAGCUCUCAUAAUACUACCCGGCAUCGACCGCAAAUAGUGCAACAUGCCCUACGAGCAAAUGCAGCCCAGAAGGCCCUCCUAGCCUCUACUGUAUUGCCAACUAGAAAGAAGAUACUAGAGACCGGCAACACUCGGCAUACUCUAGGAGAACAUGAUAGUAAAAUCAGGGCAACACCUAAGACAGCAGCAAGCGAAGAGCUAUCAUCUGUCACUAAUAUGAUGACUUAUUUGGAACGAAGCAAAUCAAAAGUACUCUCGAAUAAACGCAUACCGCCAGAAGCGGACGUGAGUGCUGCUCUCCUGGCAUGUCGCGUAGUGGCUGAUUAUAUUAUGGACGAUGCUGUACAACCACAAAUCGCUCAUAUGAUAAAUGAGUUUGACUCAGCCGCUUCUGAGCUACUUUCGCUGGAUAGCACAAGCAAUCCCAACUUCCCCAAGUCCAUAAAUACUGCCACUGCCACUAUAAUGGACCAGGUCAAGCAGAUCAUCGAUAGGAUAUCAGAUACUGCCUACGCGGUAUUAGCUCACCCGCCCGUCUUCAUAACGCCAGAACUGCUAGAAAAAUAUGUCGAUGUGCAAGCACGUCUAGGCAAACCAGAAACACUCCCCCAAGUCUUUCAACUGUAUGCAUCAAAGCCCAUGCCCCGUGAAGGAGCGGGGUCUAUCAGCUACGCAAAGCAGAAUCCCAACAAGGUAGCAAAUGCCAUUGAGCCUAAUGUGAUCGAGAAAGCUCUGGACACUGCAAUCGAGGCUAGAAACCUAGAUGCGGCAGUUGGAAUUAUCGAGAAUACCUAUGCCACGAAAGCUUUCAUCCGAAACAAGCUCUUACGCAAGGCCCUACUGCCCGUGGGGACCUUCGCGGCAACACCGUUGGCGGCAUACGUGCUUGCGACGAACUUUUCCGAUCUUCAAAAUAGUAUGGACAGCGCUACUGCGACUAAUGUUGCGUUCGCUGGUAUAUUGGCCUACGUAGGCUGUACAACGUCGAUCGGCCUCGUAGCGCUAACUACUGCAAACGACCAGAUGAAGCGAGUGACUUGGGCUCCGGGAGUACCUUUACGGCUACGGUGGAUAAGGGAAGAAGAGAGGGCUGCGCUGGACAAGAUCGCUUGCGCGUGGGGAUUCCAAGAGAAGUGGCGCCAAGGCGAGGAGGAGGGAGCGGAUUGGGAUGCCCUGAGAGAGUAUAUCGGUCAGAAGGGAAUGGUCUUGGAUCGGACGGAACUAAUGGAAGGGAUGGACUUCUAGUAGAUCUAAAGCCCAUCUAUUCCUUACAGAAUUGCUGCGAGCGUUGAAGAAUCCACUUUGUGGUUUACCAAGGAUAUCCACCAAGAUGAGAUAACAAUAGUUUAGAGCCGGAUCUGCUCAUCUAGCAACGAUCUUCAUCAAAACCUGGUCGCGACGUUAUUCCACCCCACCGCGGACGUCGGAAGUGAAAGCCAGCGAAUCUAUGUAUAGCGAUACGAGCAGGGGCUAUGUGAACAAGAAAGCAUGGCAAACCUAUUAUUGUUAUUAGCCUCCUAACCUACAUCACUACUCGCAUAUCGGCCUUAAGGAAGAGAUAAGCUAUUCAAUUUCUAGAGCCCAACCUACC